AUGGCGACACGUCCAGCUUCAGCCGCUCCGGUGAAUCCCGUAUUUGCAAAGUAUGGCCUUCCCGGGAAUAUCACGAUUGGAAGCAACUCGCCAGGCAUUCACCCAGCUUCAGAGAAGCGCCCUGUGCACUAUCCAGAAUGGGACAGACCGUCAAGCACUGGUUAUGUGGUCUCAAACCACUUGAUCAAUGAGCCACCUCCGGGGCAGCCGUUAUUUCGAAUCAUCGUGAUCGGCGCUGGGGCUGCGGGCAUCGACUUUCUCCACCAUGCCCCACGGGACCUUGCUGGACUUAAUAUCGAGUUCGCUGUGUAUGACAAAAAUCCAGAAAUCGGCGGCACCUGGUUUGAGAAUCGGUACCCAGGAUGUGCAUGCGACAAUCCCAGCGUUGGGUAUACCUUUCCCUGGAAAGCCAAGCCAGACUGGACGAGCUUCUACUCUUCUUCAACUGAAAUCUGGCAGUAUUUCAAGGAUAUUGUUGAGGAAGAGAAUAUGAUGCAGUAUAUAACCCUGAAUACAGCUGUCUCUGGGGCCAGUUGGGAUAACAGCAGGGCGAAAUGGAUCGUGAAGCUUUCCCAGCGUCUGGAGGACGGUCAGACAAAAGAGUGGCAGGAGGAAUGCGACGUUAUCCUCAAUGGCAGCGGAUUUCUCAAUGCUUGGAAAUGGCCAGACAUUCCGGGGCUGCAUAAGUUCAAGGGCCCUAUCUUUCACACUGCAAACUAUAAGGAAGGAUUCGACCUGAAGGAUAAGAGAGUUGCUGUAAUUGGUUCCGGUAGCUCAGGUGUUCAGGUGUCAGCUUCCAUAUAUCCUGACGUGCAGCAUCUCUACACCUGGGUGCGAAGCCCAACCUGGAUCACCGCCGCUUUUGGCCAGCAGUUUGCGGGAAAGAAUGGCCAAAACUUCGAGUAUACGGAAGAACAGAAACAGGCGUUCGCAAAAGAUCCCGCCAGUUAUCAGCGAUACAAGAAGACGAUUGAAAACGAGCUGAAUAAAAGAUUCAAACUAGUUUUGCGCAACACAAAAGAGUCCGAUGAAGCAAACGCUUAUGCGUUUCAAGAAAUGUCUAUGAAGCUCGCAGCAAAGCCAUACUUGAAAGACUUCAUUAUUCCCCAGAAUUUCAAUGUGGCAUGUCGCCGGCCUACACCUGGUAAUGGCUACCUUGAGGCGCUUGCUGGAGAGAAGACGACCGUUUUCACGUCCUCAAUCCAAGCUAUCACAGAACAUGGGGUUGUCGACGCUGCCACUGGCGAACACCCGGUAGAUGUCAUCAUAUGUGCCACUGGCUUUGAUACAUCAUUCAGGCCCCAGUUUCCCAUUACUGGGCUAGACCCAGAGGUAACUUUAGCCGAGAAAUGGGCCGAGUUUCCUGCCAGCUACUUGGGGAUUGGUGUCGAUGGCUUCCCGAAUUACUUCACAUACUCUGGGCCGUUCACACCGGUUGCUCAAGGCUCCUUGUUGCCUAUAAUAACACUCCUGACGAACCACUUCAUUGAGAUUAUCCAGAAGAUGCGAAGGCAACAUAUCCGCCAACUGAGUCCGAAAGCUAGUGCUGUUGCUGAUUUUGCGGAGCAUGCUCGUACCUUUUUGCCGCGCACUUGCUGGGCAGACCCAUGCAGCUCUUGGUUCAAACAGGGCACCACAAAUGGCCCUAUUGUCAUGUGGCCGGGUUCCAGGCUUUCCUUCUUUGAAGUACUUCAUCACCCCAACUACGAGGACUAUGAUAUCGAGUACUAUGGCAAGAAUCGGUGGUCUUUCCUGGGCUCCGGCUUUGUAGACUUUGAAUUCUCAGGGUCUAAGGACCUAACGUGGUACCUGGACGAGUUCUCAGGACGGGAAGACUGGGUGAAAGGAGUUCCAUUGAGUCAAGAUUCUGAGGAGUUUGCCGGUGUUAACGCUGGUGCAGUUCCCCACACUAACGCGCGCCUUUAG